AAACGAACUAAGUAUGUAAAAUCAUUAAAGAGCUCAGCAUUCGCAAACGUAUCAACAAAUCCAUUAGAGCUUCAUGCUAGCCUUUAAUCUUCAAAUUAACAACGAAAGCUUUUUAGGCACUUUGUGAUGAAAAUUCGAAUCUUUUCUAUGCUAAACCACACGCUAAUCUACAUGUUGAAAGUGAGACCUUUUCACCUUUAUGUUACAGUGUAGCGAAAGAAUACCCGAAUUGAUUGUGGAAAUGAAAUCGAAACUUUUGAACUUCAAAAACGAUAAUACUAUAUCCAUAAAACUAUUUUUGUAUGCGGUAACUGAUUACAAACCAACGGUCAAUAUUUUGGGAUAUUUUGAAAUCAAUCGCCCAUUGUUUGGUUCGGUCUUUUUUAUUUUACAGAUAAUAUCUGUUCUGGUAACCUACAUGAUAGUUUUGGUACAAUUUGGAAGCAGUUAAGAUUAAAAAACAAAAUACGUAACAAUUCAACUUCCAACAAAAUACGAUUUCCAGCAGACUUGAGAAUUAAGCAAUCAAUCAGUUUUGCGUCGAAAUUAACGAAUAAAAAUGGGCUCAAGCCCACGAUGAAUCGAGUUUGUCUUUGUUCCAAGGAAAAUUCAGCCUACCUACGCACCGAAAAGCUUUACGUGAAUCAAAUCAGUCAAACAACACUAAUCUCUUAGCUAUUGUAAACAUUCGACUUAAUCGUGAAUAAAAUAUUCAGCAAAUAAACUGAUAGAUAAAUGUGA